AUGGCAAACGGCUUUGCCUCAUUCCAUAAAACAACAGCGACGUUGCUCGUGCUACUGUUCGCUGUAACAGUCAGUCAAGCGUGUGAUCCAUCACCGACGACCGCUUCUGGUUGGAGAGCUCCACAGGGUCCGUUUUGUUCCGGACAACUAAUUUUCGAAGACAACUUCGACUAUUUGGACCGAUCCGUUUGGGAACACGAAAAUACCGUCGGUGGAGGAGGAAAUAACGAAUUUCAAUGGUAUUCAGGAAGCGAUCGUAACUCGUACAUAAAAGAUGGACGUCUUGUUCUCAGACCCACACUGACAGCCGAUGAAUUCGGUGAGGAGUUCCUUUCAUCCGGCACGAUCAAUUUGUGGGAACAGGAUGACUUUAACAGAUGUACUGACCACCCGGAUUGGGCGGAGCAAAUCAUGGGAUGCUAUCGUCAAGGUAGUCCGGAAUAUAUACUGAACCCGGUACGAAGUGCACGGCUUCGGACGCACAAUUCUUUCGGUUUUAAAUUCGGAAAACUGGAGAUUCGUGCAAAGCUACCGGCUGGAGACUGGAUCUGGCCUGCCCUAUGGUUGAUGCCCAAAGAAGACUACUAUGGUACUUGGCCCAGAUCGGGAGAAAUUGAUCUUAUGGAAUCACGGGGUAAUCGCGAGCUUUGGCAAGGUGACCGGAAUAUUGGUGUAAAACAAGCUUCUUCCUGUCUGCACUUUGGACCCAGCUGGGACUACCGUCAUUAUCUGUGUAACUCCGAUACUCGGGAGGGUCUCUAUUACUUUUUCCACAACUACCAGCUCAUUUGGACGGAAUAUGUAAUCCAAUUUGCGAUCAACGAUCAGGUCUAUCAUACCAUCACUCCGUACGAAGGUUUUUGGAAGCUAGGUGGAUUCAGUUACAAUCCAUGGGAAGGAGCCACACUCAUGGCACCGUUCGACAAAGAGUUCCACCUGCUACUAAAUGUUGCAGUUGGAGGUGAUUAUUUCCCAGACGAUGCUUGGAAUCCUCAUCCAAAACCAUGGUACUACGGACAAUCCACGGCGAUGACCAGUUUCUGGAAUGCCAGGGGAGACUGGUACAGCACCUGGGGCGAAGAAGCUGCUAUGGAGAUUGAACACGUGCGAGUGUGGGCUUUGUAAAUAUCAGGUGAUGUUGUUUCGAUUGGAGCUCCUGCAAUUAUUAAAUUCACGGUAAAACAUUCACACUAAAUGGGAAUAAAUAAUUCAAUUUAAA